UGGCACGUCCACCAUUUUGAGCGAGCGUUUCAACUUACCGCACACUCAUCCAAUACAAAGAUGUCCGACCAGCUUUGCAAGCUCUUUGUUGGAGGCCUCAACGUGGACACCGACGACGAUGGCCUGCGUAAGCACUUCGAGCAGUACGGCAUGCUCACCGACUGCGUCGUGGUGGUGAACAAGCAGCUCCAGAGGUCACGCUGCUUCGGCUUUGUCACCUACUCGACGCCGGAGGAGGCCGACGCGGCCAUGUGUGCUAGGCCGCACAACGUCGACGGCAACUCGGUCGAAGUCAAGCGCGCCAUGUCGCGGGAAGACGCCGGCAGGCCCGAAGCCCUCGCUAAGGUGAAGAAAAUCUUCGUCGGCGGGCUGAAAGACGACAUCGAAGAGGAGCACUUGAACGACUAUUUCUGCCAGUAUGGUCAAAUCGAAAAGUCCGAAGUCAUCUCCGCCAAGGACACCGGCAAGAAGCGAGGCUUCGGCUUUGUCUACUUCAACGACCACGACUCCGCCGACAAAGCCGUGGUGAUUAAGUUCCACACCAUAAAUGGACACAAAGUCGAGGUGAAAAAGGCCCUCACCAAGCAGGAGAUGCAAGCUGCGGGCGGUCGAGGCGGCAUGGCGCCGAGAGGAAGCAGAGGCCGCGGCAUGCGGGGAAAUCAAAAUGGCUUCGGCGGAAGAGACUAUGGCGGAAACUACAGCUACGGAAAUGGCGGCGGAGGCUAUGGUGGUGGUGGCGGCGGCUAUGGUGGUGGCGGCUAUGGCGGAGGAUAUGGUGGUGGCUACGGAGACCAGGGAAGCAACUAUGGUGGCGGAAACGGCUACAGCGACUUUGGCAGCAGCUACGGCCAACAGUCAUCUGGCUACGGUCCAAUGAAAGGAGGUCCUUUCGGAGGGCAGAGGAACCCGGCACCCUACACCCGGGGUGGUGGUGGCGGCGGCGGCGGCUACCCGAGGGGCGGCUACACCUACUAGAUGAUCACCCCCCCAUCUCUACCGACUACUGCCAGGAUUUGGACGUCAAAAGUAACUCACUAAGGGGUCGUCUGUCUGGCUGACCCCGUAAACAUAAUGAAGACCUCAAAGCCCCGAACAGGUAGGAAGGUCACUUCCCAAAAAAGCCUGCUUAAAGUUAAAUACAAGCAACUAGGACACUUACCAUAUAAUACAUUUAUGUACAAUUUCCCCCAGCAUUUACGGCGUGUAGUUGACCUUUAAAUAUAUUUUUUUUAUUUGCGUUCACCCAUUGUUAAAGGGUUGUUUUCUUAAUAUUUACAUUUUAAUUACAUGCUUGUUUUCCUUGGACAAAAAAUGUUUAGUAUUAGCGGUGAUUGUGUGGUUAUUGUCAAAAGGCGUCCCCUUAUUGGAUUAUUCGCCCCUAAGUAGAGAUGGAUGGAACACCAAAGUUCCCUUCCAUCUGUUCCCCAAAUCAUCUCGCUUAGCUUGAGUUGCAGCUAGAGUUUCAACUUGUUUUACUCUUCACCUGUAGCCAUUCAUAUAUGUAUGCUUUGUACUCUGUUCAUGAGAUCCUUAUUACUGUUUCAAUAUACAUCUGUAUGUUCCUUUUUUAAAUAAAACCUUACACCACA